CGGCGCCAGCAUGGGGGGCCGCUCGCAGCUCUUGCCGCUCGCCUUCGCCGCUCUCCUGCAGCUCUGCGACUGCGGCUGGUUCACAUGGCGUUGUGAUGAUGAACUGAUUGGGCCCCUUUACACUUGGAAUCUUGCCGCAUCCUCUCGAUCCAGCAUCUUCCGUGCUGCCACAUUUGCUCGUAUUUAUGGUGCUGGCGGCUGGUCACCUGACCCCCAAGACAAACAGCCAUGGCUCCAGAUUGACCUGACAAAGAAAGCUCACAUUAAAAGCAUCGCCACUCAGGGGGUCUUCAACACCUACAAUUGGGUGACACGCUACAUCGUCCUCUAUGGUGACCAUCCCUGCAACUGGAAGCCUUAUUUCCAGCAGGGGAGCAAUUGGACGUUUUUUGGCAAUGUGAAUGCAAGUGGGGUAGUUCUUCAUGAACUUCAUUAUCCCAUCUUGGCUCGUUACCUCCGCAUCAUUCCUGUGGCUUGGAAUCCACAUGGCACCAUUGGUUUACGAGUGGGCCUUUAUGGCUGCUACUACCAGUCUGAUGUCUUAUAUUUUGAUGGUGAUGAUUCCAUUGCCUACCGGUUUCGCCCCAAAACUGUCCGUACCACGCAAGAUGUCAUUGGGUUCAAUUUUAAGACAAUGGAGCGCGAGGGCAUCUUAAUGUAUGGGGCAGGGUCCCAGGGUGACUACAUCAGCGUGGAGCUGCGGCAGGCCCAGCUGGUUCUUAGCCUGAGUCUUGGCAACAGCUCACUAAACACUAGUGGAGGGGAGACAACAAUGAAAUUGGGUAGUCUCCUGGAUGACCAGCACUGGCACCAGUUUCGUCUUGACCGCUACAGGCAAUAUGUCAACUUCAGCCUAGAUGGGGAAGUCCUGCAGUUCCGCCUCAAUGGGCAGUUUGAGCAGCUUGACUUGGACACAGAGGUCUUCUUUGGAGGAGUGAUGAACCAUGAGAAACAGCGCCUCGCCUAUCGGCAGAACUUCCGUGGCUGCAUGGAGAACAUUGUCUACAACUUGGUCUACGUCACUGACUUGGCAAGACGCCGCAAGCCCUCCAUCCGGUUUGAGGGCCAUGUGGGUCAUUACUGCCGAGACAACCUCUUAUUCCCUUUCACAUUUGCGGGGGUCAACAACUUCUUGCAGGUGCCAGGGUAUCCCCGGCAUAGUCUACUGGCAGUCAGCUUCCGCUUCCGCUCGUGGGACGUUGUGGGGCUGCUUAUGUACACGGCCUUUGCUGAUGACCUGGGCUGGCUUGAGAUGGUGCUGAGUGAUGGGCAAGUCAAUGUCACCAUUGCUCAGCCGAAAACCAAAACUAAAACCAAGAAGCUCGAGUUUGCAGCAGGAUACCGUCUUAACGAUGGCUUCUGGCAUUCAGUGUCCUUGAUUGUGCGUGAAACCUCGGCUGUCAUCACCAUUGAUGACCAGAACGAUGCCAGCUUCCGCGUUGACCGAGACAUUCAGCUGCACACAGGGAACCAGUACUUCUUUGGAGGCUGCCCCAAGCCCGCAUCCCGAACCGGCUGUGCCUCCAACCAGACAGCCUUCCAUGGGUGCAUGCAGAUGGUCACUGUGGAUCGGCAGCCCAUCGAAUUAGACAUGGUUCGCCUACAUCGGCUUGGCAAGUACUUCGAGGUGUACUUCAAUGUGUGCGGCGUCACUGAUAGGUGUACCCCCAACAUGUGUGAACAUGGCAGCCGCUGCGUCCAGUCCUGGGAUGACUUCACAUGCAUCUGUGACUUGACGGGUUACAAGGGGGAGACCUGCCACACGCCCGUUUACAAAGAGACCUGCGAUGCCUAUCGUCUCAGUGGCAAAAGGUCUGGCAACUACACCAUUGACCCCGACGGCAGUGGGCCCCUAAAACCUUUCACUGUCUACUGUGACAUUCGAGAGGACCGGGCAUGGACCGUCGUUCGGCACAAUCGGCACUGGCUCACUAAAGUGGCCGGCUACAGUCCUGAAAGGCCUUUCCUGGGCACUGUCGACUACUGGAAUGCGUCGUGGGGUGAGGUGUCGGCCCUGGCAAAUGCCUCUGAGUACUGCGAGCAGCAGAUUGAGUUCUACUGCUAUUUCUCCCGCCUGCUCAACACCCAGACCGGGAUGCCAUUGAGCUUCUGGAUGGGCCGAAAUGCAGAGCGCCAUUAUUAUUGGGGAGGCUCCCCGCCAGGGCUGGGCCGCUGCGCCUGUGGCAUGGAUAAGAACUGCGCUGACCCCCGCUUCCACUGCAACUGUGAUGCUGACCAUGCCAUGUGGCGGGCAGAUAAAGGGCUGCUGAAUUUUGUAGAUCAUCUUCCGGUCACACAGGUUGUAGUGAGUGACACAAACCGCACUGGCUCAGAGGCUCAGUUUUACGUGGGCCCAUUGCGUUGCUAUGGAGACCGCAACUCCUGGAACACCGUCUCCUUCGUCCGGGGAGCAGCCUUGCUCUUUCCUACCUUCCAAGUCAACUACAGUCUCGAUAUCAGCUUCUUCUUCAAGACUUCUGCCCCAUCAGGCACUUUUCUCGAGAACGUGGGCCCAAGGAACUACAUCCGUGUGGAGCUCAACACUUCCCGGGACUUGGUUUUUGCUUACAACAUCGGAAAUGGUGACGAGAAUUUGACGGUGCACUCAGAGAUGCCCUUCAAUGACAACGAGUGGCACGAGGUGAAGGGAGAGAUCAACGUCAAAUUAGCUCGGUUGCGUGUUGACCGGAUGCCGUGGGUGGUGCGAGCAGCUCCACCUCAGAGUUUCAUCCAUCUGAACCUCACUAAACCGCUCUAUGUGGGUUCUGCUGAAUACUACCUGCGUCCUUUCUUGGGCUGCUUGCGGGGCUUGCACAUGAAUGGAGAGACGCUCAACUUGGAGGGGAAGGCCAAUGAAACCGAGGGGGUGCUGGUGAACUGCACUGGGCAUUGCCGGAAGCCCUUGAUCCCGUGCCAGAACUACGGCAUCUGCCUGGAGCACUACAGCCACUACACUUGCAACUGCACAGUCUCUGCUUUCGAAGGACCUUUCUGCAAUCGUGAAAUUGGUGCGUACUUUGAGCAAGGCUCCUGGGUGCGCUACGACAUCAUGACGAUGCCCUUGUAUGUGGUGCAGGAAUUCUCCAAUAUAGUCCAUCAACCGCUCCAGCCGCUGCCUGGCUACAAUCUGACUGGGGAGGAAGUGGGGCUCAGCUUCCGCACCAGUUCAGCCCCGGCUGUUCUGCUUUAUGUCAGCACCUUUGUGCGUGACUACCUGGCUCUCGUGAUCUCUGACAAAGGCUAUCUGGAGCUACGUUACCAACUAGGCACUUCUCCCUACGUUUUGCCCCUGACCGCACACUCAGUGGCUGAUGGACGACCGCACACCAUCAACAUCACUCGUGUGAAUCGGACUUUGUACACGCAGUUGGACUAUUACCCAGUCAUGGUAAAUGCGUUCUCCCUGUUUGUGGAUGGCAAACUUGAUUCUCCCAAGGCACUCUAUCUUGGCCGUUUCAUGGAGACGGGUAUGAUUGACCCGGAGAUCCAGAAGUACAAUACACCCGGUUUCACAGGUUGCCUCUCAGGGGUGAAAUUCAACAGUAUCGUGCCCCUGAAAACCAUCUUCCGGCCCAGUGGCACCAACCCCAUCAGACCUUAUAGUAUCAAGGGGCGGCUGGUGGAGUCCAACUGUGCCUCUAUGCCUUCUACUUAUAUCGAGAUGCCACCAGAACUCGAUCCCUGGUACAUAGACCCAGUGGAUUUCCUGUACAUCCAUGAUGACGGCUGGGUAGCAAUCAUCAUUGGAGUUGUCAUUUUCCUGCUGCUGCUCCUGGCUGCUGCACUCGUCCUGAUGUACCUCCACCAUCACCGUUACAAGGGCUCAUACCACACCAAUGAGCCCAAGGCCAUCCAGGACUACAACAGUGGUGGCGGCGGCAGCGGCGGCGGCGGAGGCAGAGCUGCUUCCAGCCCUGCAGCUAAGCCAGUUGCCUCACGGAAGGAUCAAAACUUGCCACAGAUCCUGGAGGAGUCCAAAACAGAAUAGCCAACUGGAGCCAGGAGGGUGGAUCCUCCAGUCGUUGGUGCUGGCUGCAGCCUCUUGGCAAGACCAAACCUGAACUGCCAACUGUGCCACUUGCUGGGAGGCUGACUCUUCUCUCCACCG